AUGGACUGGGAUGACGUGGCCUACGAUAAGAAGACAGGCAGCAAGUUCACAGGUGAUGACGCCAAGAAGGUACGAGAUGUAGUUGAUGAACCAACUCCGCCUACAGAUGAAGCAAACCAGCCAGAAGAGUUCCCAUUUUGGUCCUCGGAUAUCAGAGAAUACCUGAUAGAUGAGGCCGAUGACUGUUGCUCGAAGAAGGUCGAUGGAGCCAUCCAGAACUUUGGGGCUACUCAUGAGGGUCUCUUGCAGACGUGGAAAACAGUUACCAUCUGUGUCAGCAACUUGGGAUGGAAUGCUAAAAAUGACUAUCUGCGCCUUGGAGCAAUUCAGAAGGAGGGCAAAAGUAUUGUGGAAUAUAGAGCACAGUUCAUGACAUCAUUCCACGAGCUCUUCCAUGUUGUCCUAGGGAAUGCAAAAACCGAGGAGCAUGAAAAAAGCUAUGAACUGGGGUAUACUGCAAACCCUAGGAAAAAGGAAGGUGAGAACCCUGGCGAUGAGGAUCAAGAUAUCAUCUCCACGCAAGAGGCCUAG